AUGGGUAAUCUGGUCACUGACAGUAGCCUGAGCACUGACGGUAAUCUGGUCACUGACAGUAAUCUGGACACUGACAGUAAUCUAGAAACCAACAGAAAACUGCACACUGACAGUAGUCUGGACACUGACAGUAAACUGGACACUAACAGUAAACUGACCACUGACAGAAAUCGGGGCACUAAAUGUAAUUUGAACACUCACAGUAAUCUGGACAUCAACAGAAAACUGCACACUGACAGUAGCCUGGACACUGACAGUAAACUGGACACUAACAGUAAACUGAGCACUGACAGAAAUCGGGGCACUAAAUGUAAUUUGAACACUGACAGUAAUCUGGACAUCAACAAAAAACUGGACACUGACAAUAAUCUGGACGCCAACAGUAAACUGAGCACUAACAAUAAUCUGGACACCAACAGUAAACUGAGCACUAACAAUAAUCUGGAAGCCAACAGUAAACUGAGCACUAACAAUAAUCUGAACACCAACAGUAAACGGAGCACUAACAAUAAUCUGGACACCAACAGUAAACUGAGCACAAACAAUAAUCUGGACACCAACAGUAAACUGAGCACUAACAAUAAUCUGGACGCCAACAGUAAACUGAGCACUAACAAUAAUCUGGACACCAACAGUAAACUGAGCACUAACAAUAAUCUGGACACCAACAGUAAACUGAGCACUAACAAUAAUCUGGACACCAACAGUAAACUGAGCACUAACAAUAAUCUGGACACCAACAGUAAACUGAGCAAUAACAAUAAUCUGGACACCAACAGUAAACUGAUAAACUGA